UAUGUCAUUUAGUAGUUUGUAACUUAGUACCCAAGUCCCAAACAAUUAUCUAUUGAUUAUUGAAUCAAUCAAUCUUAUAGCAAGUACCACUCAAUAAUUAAAAGUAAAGAUGCGUGGCAUCUAUGUAAAUAAUAGUAUAUUUGCAUUUAUAUACAAAUAGACGAUAUUCUAUUGUCUGCAAUGAGGGCAGAAGAUAACAACAAGCAUAGUAAUUCAGUAUAAAAUGAAACUCUGUACAUGCAACCAGUAAAUUCGUUUACUCCUGCGCAUGAUAGAGUGUCCACAAAGGAAGUAGAACCAUUGAGUUAAAUUUUAUAAAAAUGGCUGGCAAACAAGAUAUAAAGGUAUUGGGUGGUGUGUCAUCUGUUAUAAAAACAGACACAGACUACAUGAUCUCGUAUGACACUGGAGAGUUCACGAAACUAAGCAUUCUCAACAGCCAUGUGUUCCGGUAUUAUAUGUCACCAACAGGAGAGUUUCCAGACUACCCCACGCCCAACAAUGUUGAAGACAUUGCAAAAAUUAAUUCAAAGAAAGUAUCUGAUUAUGACAAAGAGAUAUUUGAUAAAUCUAUUCUUAAAGAAGAUGAAAUGCAUUACACCAUUCUAACAGACAAAAUAAAAAUUCAGUUUGAUAAAAAAAAUGGUAUUAUUGCGGUAUAUGAUAUGAGAAGCAAAAAAUUAGUUCUUAGAGAGCAUGAAGCAAUUAAAUACACUGAUAAUAGAGCAAUUCAGAUAUUAGACCAACAGGAGGAUGAGUAUUUUUAUGGUGGUGGAAUGCAAAAUGGAAGAUUUAGUCACAAAGGAGAAAUUAUACAAAUAGCAAACACAAAUAAAUGGGACAAUGGAGGAGUUACAUCUCCAUGCCCGUUCUUCUGGUCAAUAUAUGGCUAUGGAGUAUUGAGAAAUACUUGGCAACCGGGGAUAUACGAUUUCGGGACCGUGUUCCCGAACGUGGUACGAACACAACAUUUAGACAAAUAUUUCGAUGCAUUUAUUUUCAUUAACUCCCAACCAAAAGAUAUUCUGAAUGAUUAUUACGAACUUACGGGAAAUCCGAUAUUUAUGCCCGAAUGUGCUUUUUAUCAGGCACAUUUAAAUGCUUUUAAUCGAGACUACUGGGUUAAAGUAGCGCCCGGAACACCGCAAUCCAUUUUAUUUGAAGAUGGUAAAUAUUAUAAGAAAUAUCAACCAAAGGAUCUUGGGCAUAAUAAAGGUGUCUUGGAAUCCCUUAACGGAGAAAAGAACAAUUAUCAGUUUUCUGCACGAGCUAUGCUUGAGAGAUACAAAAACCAUGACAUACCAUUAGGUUGGUUCAUCCCAAAUGAUGGUUACGGUUGUGGUUAUGGACAAACCGAUUCAUUUGCUGGUGAUAUAAAAAAUCUUGUAAAAUUUGGCGAUUAUGCAAGAACCAAGGGCGUUGAAGUUGCUCUGUGGACUGAAUCUCAACUAGAACCGAAGGAUCCUGAUCAACCACAAAAAGGUGAAAGAGAUUUAAGCAAAGAAGUAGGAGAGGCAGGUGUGGUUGCCCUAAAAUGUGAUGUUGCUUGGAUAGGAUCUGGUUAUUCUUUUGCCUUCAAUGCUGUGGAGAAUGCUACAAACAUAUUCGUUAAAAAUUCUAAAAACGCAAGGCCUUUGAUUAUCAUGGUAGAUGGUUGGGCCGGCACUCAAAGACAUGCAGGUAUUUGGAGCGGAGAUCAAUACGGUGGCCAGUGGGAAUACAUAAGAUUUCAUAUACCAACAUAUAUCGGAACAGGCCUUUCUGGACAACCGGUAGUAGGUUCCGAUAUGGACGGCAUAUAUGGAGGCAAAAACAAAGAGGUCAACAUAAGAGAUUAUCAAUGGAAGACAUUCACGCCCUUGCAGUUAAACAUGGAUGGAUGGGGACUAAUGCAAAAAUGUCCCUUCAGUUUCGAUGAAGAAACUACAACCAUCAAUAGAGCCUAUUUGAAGCUAAAAUCUAUGUUAAUGCCUUAUAAUUACACAAUAGGUUACGAAUCCACACAUGGUCUGCCGAUGGUUAGAGCAAUGUUCCUGGAAUUUCCGAAAGAAAUUCCUGCUCACACAAAAGACUCGCAAUAUCAAUUCAUGUGGGGGCCGAGUAUUUUAGUGGCACCUAUUUACAAUGAUUUGGAAUGCUCUUACGAUACCUCAGUGCGUAAUGAUGUUUAUAUGCCUGAUGUAAAUCAAGUAUGGAUCGACUUUUUCACAGGACAGAAAUAUCAAGGCGGUAAAAUAUAUAAUAACAUAAUCGCUCCUUUAUGGAAAAUUCCAGUAUUUGUCAAAGAUGGGGCUAUAUUUCCUAUGACAGAACCCAACAAUAAUCCUAAUGAAAUUAAGAGAGAUCGGAGGAUAUACCGUCUAUAUCCUAACGCAACCACUCAUUUUGAGGUAUAUGAAGAUGAUGGCAAAACCAUGGAAUAUCUAAAAAGCAAUUUUGCUAAAACUAAGAUAACUGUAUCUGGUCCUAAAUCAAAUGAACGAGGAGAUCUUUUGAUUAACAUAGAAAAAACUUCAGGUCAUUAUGACAAGUUUAUUGCAAAGAGAACAACUUUGAUCGAAAUUAUGGCAUCAGAAGAUGUGGAAGGCAUUAAAGCGGCUAUUAAUGACGACUCAGUAACAAUUACUUCAGACAAAUCUGAGGAAGAAUUUAAUCAAAAACAAAAUGUGUAUUAUUUCAAAGAAAAUUUCGUUGUGAACCCUUAUUUGAAUUACUGUGGUCACAGGGUACCCACGCAAAAGUAUUUAUUGAUAAAAAUACAAAAAGUUGAUGUUACUAAAGAUGAGAUUCAUUUGAAAAUCAAAAAUUAUAUCAAUGAAAGUUCAGUCUUUGGUAAUAUUACGAAAUUAGAUGAGUCACUUAAAAUACCGCAUGAUUUUACUGUGGAAGAAGAGAAAAUAACCUCAAGUUCUAUAUCUCUCACCUGGCAGGAAGUAGACGAAGCUAGUUACUACGAAAUCGAGAGAGACGGCACUAUAUUUAGCAAUAUCAUUGGGAAUAGAAUUACUUUUGACGGUUUCAAAUAUGGGUCCGAACAUGCAUUCAGAAUACGCUCGGUGAGUGAUAAAAGUUAUUCAGAAUGGAGCUAUUACGUUAUAGAAAAGACAAACGAAGACCCUCACAAACACUUAGUAAAAGGAGUAGAAGUGACUUGUAGUAUUCCUUGCCAUCCUGAUCAGGAAGUUUGUAAAUUAACCGAUGGAGAUGACUGCACGAUGUGGCAUACUCACUGGAGCAAACCGAGGGUAAUCGAUAAAAAAAACGGUAAAACAGUAAAACUUCAUUUUGAUUUAGGAGAUGUUUACGAGAUAGACAAAGUAGUAUACACGCCGCGUAAAGAUGCUGGAAAUGGAACACUGCUACAGACACAUUAUAAAUAUUCAAUCGACGGCGAAAUCUGGAGUCCUGUUACAUUAACCAGUUGGAAAAGAGACAAUACAAAUAAAAUAAUAUAUUUAAAUGGCACAAAAUUAAGAUUCAUGGAAUUUGAUAUUUUAGACUCCGUGGGCGGGUUUGGUUCGGGUGUGCACAUUUUAUUCUAUAAAAAAGUUUAAGAAAUGUAUAAUCAUGUUUUCUUUUGUAUGUUAAGUAUAUUAUACAAUUUUAAAUGAAAAGUAUUUUGUUCAAUAAA